AUGGCUGCAAAGCUCAAUCGAAGGACCUUGAAAUUCAACGAGUCGAUACGUCCGAAUGAGAAUGGUGGAUUGAUAGAUGAAGACCAACAACAAGAAUACAAAGCGCUUCUACAGGAGUCAAAGGGCUGGAAAGUGGCCUUUGAGAAACUGAUGUCAGAUCCAAUCAAAAGAGCCCAAAUACCCGACCCUCGCGCACCCCUGAUCGUCGAAAUUGCAUGGCGGGUAUCUACAGCCUGGGCAAACUGCUGUAUACAUAAAGAACAGUGCGCUUAUGAUGGCGAAAAGCCUCAUUGGGAGGCAAUGGUGAGCUCCGCAGAAGAAGUGCUCCGGCUGAACUCAGAUAUGGAGUCCAACGACUCACCUCUCACAGGGCUAUUCUUUAUCGAGGCUGAGAUAGUCCCGAUGAUGUACUACACCGCAAUUAAAUGCCGUGAUCCUUGGAUUCGGCGCAGAGCUAUCUCUGUCUUGUCACGACAUCCCAAAAGAGAAGGCUUUUUCAAUGCGACGCUAUACCGUAAAGUUGCGGGAAAGAUCGUGGAGUUAGAAGAGGCUCCGCUUGCUUCUCUUGGUAUCAAACAGAGGGUUCCGCUAGAAGAACAUCGUUUCAGCCUGGUACAUAUAUCUCCUACAGAUGGCGUGUAUAGGAACCCGGUGCCUGUAUUCUUGAUGAUGCAACUACUCGGCCUCGAUCAUGACGCUGUUACUUGGUGGGAACAUGUUGAUUGGUAA